AUGGAGCUGGGCCCGGGGCCCUGCGCGCUGCCCCCCGCCGCCGCCGCGGCACCAGCCCCGGCCCCGGCGGCGGGGGGACCCUGCGCCGAGAUGCUGCAGGUGGCGGAGGAGGCCUUCCGCGGCGGCAACUUCGAGCUGGCGGCCGAGAUCUACGGCUCGGAGCUGGCGGGGCUGCCGCAGCCCGAGCGGGGCCUGUGCCUCCGCCGCGCCGACGCGCUGGCGCGGGCCGGCCGCAUGGCCGAGGCGCUGGACGCCUACGGCGCGGCGGCGCGGCUGGCGCGGCUGCGGCCCGAGGAGCUGCGGGAGCUGGCCGAGAGCUUCGCCCUCAGCAUCCGUGACAAGGAGCUGCGCCUCCCGCCCUGGGGGAGCGGCGGACCCGGCGGCGGCGGGGCGGAGGGCGAGGGGCUGGGCGACCCGGCGUGCUGCCGCCCGCCCGAGCUCUUCGCCUGCCCGCUGUGCCGGCGGCUGCUGUGCGAGCCGGUGACCCUGCACUGCGGGCACACCCACUGCCGCCGCUGCGCCGAGCCCGGCGACUGCGGCCGCUGCCACCGCCCGCGCCGCCCCGCCGAGACGACCCCCGCCGCCGCCGCCGCGCCGCCAUCGCCCGCCGCCCGCCCGCGGGUCAACGUGGUGCUGGGCAACCUGCUGCACAAGUGGUUCGGCGCCGAGAGCCGGGCGCGGCGGCUCCGCGCCGAGGGCGACGCGCUGCGGGAGCGCCAGGAGCUGCCGGCCGCCCUGGAGAAGUACAACCAAGCCCUGGAGAUGGCUCCUUGCAAGUGUUCACUAAUAGCACAGCGAGCAGAACUCUGUACGUUGAUGAAAAACUACCAGCAAGCUCUUCACGACGCGGAUGUCCUCUGCCGAAACAAACCCCACUGGCCUGCGGGCCAUUAUGUGAAAGCAAAAGCUCUUUCUGGAUUGGAAAGGACUGAGGACGCAUUGAAGGAGUUUCUCUAUUGUGUUGCCUUAAAUCCUGAAUGGAGCUCAAUGAAGAAAGAAGCCCAAAAGAUAAUGUGUGAGAUGUUUUUCCCAGCCUUUGAAAAUGUGCAUGAUAGUCUAACAGCACCUUUCUCUAGUCGAACAUCCCAUACAAGAUUGAAACCUGCAUUUCUGAGUAGCAUAAACACACAGUCAGCUGUGGAAGAUAGCUCUGUUGCUGGGUCCUCAAAGGAUACUGUGUUCAGGUUAACAAAAACUCCGUCCCAGGAAUCUGAUGUAUUUAGAAGCACUGAUUCUCCUGUUUCCCAUCACAUUCUGGAUCUCUAUUUUGAAGACAACAAGAAGUCUUUGGGAGCUAUUCUCUCCAGUUUGCCUGGGGUUGGCUUAAAAAGAAAGCUGUCCAGUGAUAUGAGGGAUUUACAAAGCUUGGAUGUCCCCAAUAAGAUUCCUAAAAAAGAUGCAGAUGUUUCACCUGAAAACACCGCUGUCACUUCAAGUGAAAUACCAACAACUCUGGUGGAUGCAUCGGACUUUGAGUGUUCCCUGUGCAUGAGGUUGUUCUACGAACCUGUUACCACUCCCUGUGGACAUACCUUUUGCCUCAAAUGCCUUGAGCGUUGCCUUGACCAUAAUCCGCAUUGCCCACUCUGCAAAGAAAAGCUGUCAGAAUUUCUGGCAAGCAGAACUUACAAGAAGACCGUCCUUACAGAAGAACUGAUAGUCCGUUACUUGCCAGAGGAAUUAUCUGAAAGGAAGAAAGUUUAUGAGGAAGAAAUGAAGGAAUUGUCAAAUUUGAAUAAAGAUGUUCCCAUCUUCGUAUGUACCAUGGCCUUCCCUACUAUCCCUUGCCCACUCCAUGUCUUUGAACCUCGUUAUCGUCUAAUGAUAAGAAGAUGCAUGGAAACUGGUACCAAGCAGUUUGGCAUGUGCUUAGCUGACGAAUUAAAAGGAUUUGCAGAUCAUGGCUGUAUAUUAGAGAUCAGGGACGUAAAGUUUUUUCCUGAUGGGCGCUCAGUUGUUGAUACAGUUGGUGUCCGUCGUUUUAGGGUCUUAAGCCAUGGCCAGCGAGAUGGAUAUAACACAGCAAACAUCGAGUAUCUUGAAGAUAAAAAGGUUGAAGGACCGGAAUAUGAAGAACUUGUCCGCCUUCAUGAUUCAGUUUAUGAUCAAGCCGUUGCCUGGUUUACUUCUCUUAAAGACAAUAUGAAAGUGCAAAUUCUCAAUCAUUUUGGGUCCAUGCCAGGAAAAGAACCAGAGCCACAGAGCAACCCCAGUGGUCCUGCCUGGUACUGGUGGCUCUUGGCAGUGUUGCCUCUGGAAAACAGAGCUCAGCUGGCUAUAUUGGCUAUGACCUCCCUUAAAGAUCGUCUUAUCGCCAUCAGACGUGUAUUGAUAUUCGUGACUCGCAAAAGACCCAGAUAACAUGGACUUCAGUUGACAAGGAAACUGGACAGUGGAUUGAAGAGGUGUUUCCUAGACUUUCUUGGAGGUAGUGAACAGAAGAGGAGUUACGCUGCCCGGCAGAAGUAUGCAUGAAGACUAUAACCAACAGUACGCUCUUGUAGUGAAUUGGUAGGCAGUCUGUCAUACACCCACAUCUCUCUCUCUUCAGCAAAUAGCAGUCUGUGAGGAAAAAAAAAAUUAAGCCGUUUGUGGUCAAGGCAUCUGAGGAUGUUUAUCUGAAAGAAUAAUAGCUACUGAAUAAGUGCACUAUUUAGUAGCCUUAGGUAAUCCCUCAUGUUGUGAUUUAUGUGUUGUAGCGGAUUGAGUAUGUACAAAAUGUUUGGAAAGGUGUACUUUGGUUUAUUUGAAAAGACAAAUCAAAGUAAUCCUAGCUGGUCUUUUUGCUAAAUUCAAAUCAAGCUGGCUCCCUAAGGUGUGAUAAACGCUGCUGUGAAAUAAUGAUUUCACCCCAACUACGAGGUAGGCAUGCUGCAGUUUACUCUGAAUGCCUGCUCUACGAGUGGGACUGGCGAGGAUGAAAUGCGUGGAGGCUUCCAUCUCCCUCCUGCCUGCAGUGUCAUGCCAACUUCCCGUUACGUUGGGGUGAUCUCUACUGAACGUGUUUCAAACCGAAAGUAUUGUAGUUUAGUACCAGUUGCUGUAUGUGAUGGAAAUCAGUCCACAAUAACACCGUGAAAGAGGCACAAACCGAACCUAUAAAGGCAAGUCUCAAUGCAAGCUUAAGUCAGGUGUUAACUUUCAUUUGUCUCUUUGAUUAUUUUUUUUAUGUAUUGUUUUGUUAAUAUCUAACUUUGAUAGCUAUUAAAUUGAUUGCUUGUCAGUCAAAUGAUCAACAUUUGCUCAACUGCCAAUGAAAUAACUAACAGUGUUACCAAUUCAAUUGGCAUAGUUUCCUAUAAGUAGAACUGAUACUACCAACAGGAAAAUAAGUUGACUUGAAUCUCCAUGUGCUGCAAGCAUAGCAAGACCAAUGUAAAGACUUGUUCAUGUGCAGAAGUCUGGUAAGAAGAAAUGGCUGUUUACCUAAAUGGUCAAAGUGCCUGAUUUCUUUUUUAGUUCUUUUGUCCUUAUUUGUCAAUGAAGAUGUAUUUAAACUUUUUUUUUCACUUUGCACAUGAAUUCUGGAAGAAGACUGCAUUAAAAUGCAGUGAUUGAGAUGUAUUACCUGCUCUCUUUGGGUAUUGUAGUUAUAACCUGUGUGGUCUGGGAAACAAAAAUACAGAGUUUUUUUCCUUUCAGCAAAUGGCUACCACAAAUGGUUUCUGUAACGUACCCUGAAUGUACUGUAACUGCCUCUACCUUGAACACGCCUUUUUCUAUUUAAAUAGUUUGUAAGUAUAUUCUCUGAAUUGUGAAGUGCAUAACUUACAACCAAUGAUGUCAUAACCUCUACAGUAGCCUUCUGCAAGUUCUGCUACCAUCACCAAAAUACUCAAAAUUCAAGUUGAAUGCAUUUCCUCCAGGAUUUGAAGAUGAUGAAGAGGAAGUCACUGAAAUAUAAAGGAAUUGUUCUGUAUAUGGGGGAGGAAAUGUCAGAAGUCAGUAGGUCUUCAGCCCACUGUCAGCUGAGCUACCGAAGGGUGGUUUCGCAAACUAAUUCUCGGACCAGAAGAUGGACUGUAUUUGAUCUUGCAAUCCUUUCUGUUCAGCUUCCUGUUCUUCCCAUCCCUUUCCAUACUGUGUAUUUCUUCUAGACUCACUCAUCUUGCUCCUUCGUGUGUCUGGCCUAGUUUUGAGUAUUACUAGUUUAGCUGCAAGGGGAUGCCGAUGGUGUUUGUAUAUUGCUGGUCCCUGAUCUUACAUGUGCUUAAUUUUACAUAUAGGAGUGCAUUUAAGGAAAAAAAAAAAAAAAAUCAAGGUGCUAGUUAGUGUCUUCUUGGCUUUGCCUCAGUAACUAAUGUGAAUAUUCUUCUUUGCAAAAGUGAUUUUUCAAGAUAUCUACUUUUGAGGUACUUCUGAGAGGAAACCCUAUGGAACAAGAGAGGUUGUUUACUGCUGUUUUGUAAUGUGUAAAGACACAUUUUACAUGGAAGGUGACAUUACUGUGUUCAUGAAGGCCUGCAUAAUUAAUGGAAAGAUAGUUAUUGAAGAGAAAGCUGAACUGUAGAGGGAUUUUUUUUUAGUCAAGGUUUAAAGCGGUUUGUGAAUAUUUCAGUGACUGAUGUUUUGGAUAAAUGAUGACAACAUAGGAAUUGUCUGUGUAUGGAUGCAUAUAAUCAUAUUAGCAGCCCAAAGCUGACAUUUCUUCCAAAACAUUGAAUGCUGAUCAAAUAGCAAAGCUUUAAUAAAUAAUAAAAAAAAAUAAAAAUCACCACUGCCCUGUGGUACUUGCUUUCUAAGGGAAAGUACCAGUUUCAUGGUUACCAAAUUAUCUCUGCCAUAUAAUCUCUACAGCAUCCAGUAGUACCUCAUGGGAAAAGCUAGCUAUCUCAUUUCUCUCUAGAGGAAAUGUCCACGUUAUGGCCGAUCUACGCUUAGGUGUAACUUGUCGCCAAGGUACAUGUGGAAGCGUUGGAGCUGAGCUCCUGGAAGAGAUAGACAGGAUUCGUUGCCUUUCUAGCUCAUUACACUUUUCUUGCUUGCUGUCCAAGCAAGGAUGCUGGGAUAUAUGAUGAGUCUUUUCACUGUGGUGAAUGUGGCCCUUCUUUAUACAUCGUAAA